CGGGCCUUCGGCCGGGCUCGGCCCUUCGGCUGUUCGGCUGUUGGGCUCGGCCUUUUCCGUCGUCCUUCGGCUGGUCCCGACGGCCGCCGCCGUGGCCGUGGCGGGCCGAGCGGGAGCCAUGAGCGGCGUGGAGGACGACAUCAUCCGCAUCGCCAAGAAGAUGGACAAGAUGGUGCAGAAGAAGAACGCGGCCGGGGCUCUGGAUUUGCUAAAGGAACUUAAAAACAUUCCCAUGACCUUGGAAUUACUGCAGUCAACAAGAAUUGGGAUGUCAGUAAACGCUAUUCGUAAGCAGAGCACGGAUGAGGAGGUGACAUCUUUAGCGAAGUCUCUCAUCAAGUCCUGGAAGAAGUUGCUAGAUGGCCCAUCAACUGAAAAAGAUCCUGAAGAAAAGAAAAAAGAACCUUCCGUCUCAUCUCAAAACAGUCCUGAAGCGAGAGAGGAAAGUAGUUCCAGUAGCCACACAAGCAACAGAAGAGAUGAGGCAAAUGCUUCUUCUGAUUCCUUCAUCCCAUCUUUUCCUCGAGCACCAAGUACUUCAGAUUCUGUCCGAGUGAAGUGCAGAGAGAUGCUUGCUGCUGCUCUCAAAACUGGAGAUGACUACAUUGCUAUUGGUGCUGAUGAUGAAGAGCUGGGUUCUCAGAUUGAAGAAGCUAUAUAUCAAGAGUUAAGGAACACGGACAUGAAAUACAAAAAUAGAGUGCGGAGUAGGAUAGCGAAUCUCAAAGAUGCUAAGAAUCCAAAUUUAAGAAAAAAUGUUUUGUGUGGAAACAUACCCCCUGAUUUAUUUGCCAGAAUGACAGCAGAGGAAAUGGCUAGCGAUGAGCUGAAAGAGAUGCGUAAAAAUCUGACCAAAGAAGCGAUCAGAGAACAUCAAAUGGCCAAGACAGGAGGCACCCAGACUGAUCUAUUUACAUGUGGAAAGUGUAAAAAGAAGAACUGCACCUAUACCCAGGUUCAGACUCGCAGUGCUGAUGAGCCUAUGACAACAUUUGUCGUUUGUAAUGAAUGUGGAAACAGAUGGAAGUUCUGUUAGAAGAAGGAAUUGUCGAGACACCUGGACCAGUAUGAAAGAGCAUUUUGUAAUUAGCUUUCAAAACUAGGCUAAGCCUCUAGCUUUCUUGCAAGCGAGAUUUUUAAAACAGCAUACCUUUUGGGGGUUUGUCUUUGUUUCUGACACAACCAUCCUUUCCUUUAAACGCCUUCCCGUAGCUACUAGUCAGUAGGAGGACUGGGACCCACAGUUGUAUGGUGUUUGUUUAAAGAUAUUUUUUUUCAUUUUUAUAAGUAAGUCGUCAUUAAAUUUUUAUCGAUUAAACUUUA